AUGACAGAUCUGAAACAGGUGAUUCCAUUAGAAUCAAACCCGUCAAUAUUCACAGAUCUUUCUCACAAAUUGGGUCUUUCACCAAUAUUACAAUUUCAUGAUGUCUAUUCACUAACUGAUCCCGAGCUUUUGUCAUUUUUGCCCCAACCCAUAUUUGGGAUCAUCCUAUUAUUCCCAUUGACUCCUAAUUACGAAGCUUAUAGAAAAGAAAAAGACGCAGAGGCUGAAUCUUACGAGACGAUGAAGAACAGGGACGUAUAUUGGUUUAAACAAACAAUUGGAAACGGGUGUGGGUUGUAUGCAUUAUUACACUUGUUAGCCAACAUCCUGCCUGAUUUGAUAUUAAGUCACCUGAAAAUAAAUGAUUUGGCUACCAAGAUUCAAGGCAGGAAUUUAUCUGUGGAGGAGAUGAGCCUAAUUGUUGAAGAUUUGGAAAAGAGUAUCAAACUAGACGAUGAAUUUGGUUCUAAAGGACAAACCGAAGCACCUUCGCCAGGGGAUGCAGUUGAUCUUCAUUUCAUCAGCUUCAUCAAAGGAAAAGAUAACCAUUUGUAUGAGUUGGAUGGAAGACGAAAAGGGCCAAUUGAUUUGGGGGAGGUGAGUGAUUCGGGCAAAGAGAGCAUUAUUAAUGAGCAGAAAUUGACUGACAAAAUCCAGUUUUACAUCGACAAUGCGGAUGAAAAGAACAAGCACAAUUUUGCCUUAAUGGCAUUGGGACCAACUUUAGAUUAG